AUGUCUAGAGCUAAAAAAAUUUUAAACCCAUUCUUUGGUGGUGAUAUUGAAGAAAUCAAUUUUGAUUCACAAAGUCAUGAAGCUGGAGAAUAUUCAAUCAAACAAAAUGCAAAAGGUGCUCCUGUGGAGAAAGUAAAUCCUCUUGGUUAUAACCUUGAUUAUGUUACAGCAUUUUACAUGGUUCUUCAAGGUAUGAUUGGUACUGGUAUUUUUGCAACUCCUGGUAGUGUUGUUAAAUCCAUGGGAAGUAUUGGCUCAACGUAUGUUUUAUGGGUGAGUGGGUUUUUCAUUAUGAUUAUGGAGCUUUCGGUAUACAUUGAGUACUUAACCUAUUUCAGAUUAAGAAAUGGUGCCGAUGUAGCAUUUUUGGAGCAGGCUUAUCCAAAACCCGAUUUUAUGAUUCCAACCACUUACGCAGCCGUGUCGGUUUGCUUGAGCUAUUUAAACUCAAGUUCGAUAGCGUUUGGGACUUACAUUCUUCUGGCAAGUGGAGUUAAUGCGAGUGCUUGGGCAGAGAGGGGUGUUGGUAUAGCCAUUUUGACAUUCACUUGUAUUUUGGCUGCAGUGAGUAGCAAAUUAUCUUUAAAGUUAUCUAACUUUCUAGGAUUUGUUAAAUUAGUGUUUAUGCUUUUCAUUGUUAUUAGUGGACUUGUUGUAUUAGGUGGUGGUUCAAAAGUAAAAGAUCCACAUUCAAUCUUUAAAAAUCCAUGGGAGGGAACCACAACUAAUGGAAAUGCUAUUAGUAGUGCUAUUUUAAAAGUCUCCUUUUCUUAUGGUGGUACUCAGUAUUGUAUCAUGUUGGCUGGUGAAGCAGACCCAAGGAAAAGCAAAAACUUAUUCCGUUUUUUCAUACCUGCUGUUGUCUUUUUUGUAUGUAUACUUUAUAUUUUAGUUAUCACUUCCUACUAUGCUGGUAUAGGAUCAGUGAAAGAAAUCUCUGAUGCUGGUACUUUGAUUUCUUCGGUAUAUUUUUCAAAGGUUUUUGGUACUUCAGCAGCUCAAAAAGCUCUUGAUGUCUUGGUUGCCCUCGCUGCUCUUGGUCACCUACUUGCUUCGGUUGUUGGACAAUCCCGUGUGUUGAGAGAAUGUGGUAGACAAGGUGUUUUGCCUUACUCUAAACUAUGGACCUCUACAAAACCAUGGGGUACACCCAUAUUACCCAUCAUUGUUAUGUGGGUUGUUAAUGUUAUAGUUAGUCUUGCUCCUCCUCCGGGUGAUGCUUUCAACUUCGUUGUUGAUAUGGGUUCUUACUCUGGUUAUAUCUUUAAAAUUCUUUUGGUUGUUGGGCUUCUUCUUGUUAGAAAGCAAAGGGAAAAGGCAGGUUUAGGAUUUGUUGGUUGGAAAGUUCCAUUACCAGUUUUAGUACUUGUUAUUUUAUACGAAAUUUUCGUUUUCGCUAUGGCUUUCGUUCCACCAGCAGAUGGAACUUUAAAUGGAUCAGAUGUUUCCUUUUUCUAUUGUGCUUAUGCUUUGACCACAAUUGGUAUUAUUUGCUUGUGUCUUUUCUACUACUAUGUUUGGGCAAAAGUUUUACCGAAGCUCUAUAACUAUGAACAUAGGGUUUCACUCUAUUCUUUAGAGAAUGGAGAACAAGGACAUACUGUGGUUAAAGUUAAUAAGCAAGACUUGGAAAGAUGGGAUGCAGAACAUUAUGAAAAUGGAAAAUUGAUAGACACAGAUGAUGCAAGCUCUGUGGAGAACAUUACUGUGUCUCUUGGUGAUAAUAACAAGCAUUUCAAACUCUGA